ACCUCACUGAUUAGUGAAACGCACCGCUGCGGUCUGGACCCGCUCGCCAUGCCGGUGCCCCAAGAUGUCUCGCUGACCGAGAAGGUGGAAGGUGUCGUCGGAGGCACCCCAGUGGAUGAGGAGCUAGAGCGGAUCCUAAAGGCACGGCUGGUGGAAUUGGCCGUGAUGCAGCAGAGGAAACUGAUGUUGUCCUUGGAGCAGAGUCGAAGAGAAAUCCUGGAGACCGUCUCCGAGUGCUUGGCCAAGGCGCGUGGUGAGGAGGAGGCGGAGGUCUCUGGUGCGCGGACAGAAAGAGGUGUUAGUUGGGCUGGAAUCAAUCACGCCAUAUCUGAGUGGGAUGUCCAGGAGCUCGACCCAAGGGACUCGGUCUACGACACGCAAGAUCUGGAGGACUUGGCGGCGGUUGGAAAGGUGGAUACCUCGAACUGCUACCAGUGGCUCCGCCUCAAGCUUGCAAAGAUCGAACACAGUUGCCUGGACGUGAUGGUCAGUCUCCUCAUUGCCCUGAACACCAUCGUCAUGAUGCUCUCACAUCAGCAGAUGGGUCAUGAAGCUGCAAAGACAGUUGGUGAGUAUGACUCCUCCAUGGCCAAUUUCGACAUCUCUCAGGACACCUUCACUCGCUGUGAACAGGUGUUUGCCGUGAUCUUCUUUUUGGAGCUUUCAGCUAGGCUUAUCAUCCAUGGAUGCAAGUAUUUGAAGAGCGUGCUGAACUUCUUCGAUGCUCUCCUCGUGGUCAUCAGCCUGGUGGAUAUGCUGAUCCUUCAACCGCUCCUGGAUUCAGGUGGCGUGAACCUGGUGAUCCUUCGUUUCCUUCGGAUCAUCAAGCUGGCGCGCACGCUGCGGGCGCUACGCAGCAUGCGCUUGUUCACGGGCUUAAGAGUGCUGGUGGCAGCCGUGAGCUCCUUCUUGCCCUCCUUGUUUUGGUCCAUGUUCUUCCUCACGAUUUUCAUCAUCCUCGGUGGUUUGCUGGUUGGUACCUCGCUCAUCGACUUCAUCCACGACGAAAGUCAAGAUUUGGAGGUUCGCCGAUGGGUUUGGCAAAGAUAUGGAACUUCGUAUCGGGCCACCUACACCAUGUUCCAGGUGACCUUUGCAGGAUGUUGGCCAAGCUAUGUGAACCCCCUCUUUGACAACGUCAGCAUGUGGUAUGCGUUGUUCUUUUGCAUCUACGUGACAUUCGUUGUGUUCGCCGUCAUGCGCGUGAUCACCGCAAUUUUUUUGAAGGAAACUUUGGAUGCAGCAGGAGAGGACCACGAGGUGGUCAUGUCAGAGAAGGAGGCCACAAAGAAAAAAUAUUUGCGGAAGCUGGAACGGAUCUUUCAUGAGAUGGAUGUGUCGGGAGACGGCCUGGUCUCAGAGGAAGAGUUCAAAAGCAUGAUGGAGGACGAAAACGUCAAGAAGUAUCUGGUCUUUUUGGAGGUUGACCUCAACGAGAGUCAUUCGUUGUUCCACAUGAUGGCAGAUGAAGACGGUCAAGUUUCUUAUACCAGAUUUAUGGAUGGUAUGAAUCGCGCCAAGGGCCUGGCGAAAGCGGCAGACAUUCUGUGCAUCCGACACGAUUUGGAGAAGCUUCGAAAAGACAUUAAGUUGGUCAAGGCGUUGUCAGGCCAUGGCCUCUCAGAGGAGGAGAUCAACGCAUAUCAAGCUGCAUGUCGCCACCUCAGCAUGAGUCCAUGGAAGUCCAAUAGUGGCCGGAGGUGACUUCGUUAAAAGGGGCGACCUCAGCCACUGCCUGCGUUCGGAACGAAGCGAAUAUCACAGGUAGGAGAGCCGCGCAAAGACUGGCUAAAGCGACAAGACUGUCCAAAGUGAGGGUCCUGUGCCUUUCCAUCGCGACGAAGCGGCCGCGAAGCGGCCAGCGACAACACACAAAAUGUGGGGAGAUGCAA